AGAUGAGUACAGAAGCAGAACAGCAGCUUCUCCAUGAUGCUAGAAAUGGAAACUCUGAAGAAGUUAAACAGCUGUUGGAUACCAGGGACAAAGGAGAAAUAACCUUUAACAUCAACUGUAAAGGCAGAAGUAAAUCUAAUUUGGGUUGGACACCUCUUCACCUUGCAUGCUACUUUGGACAUGCUGUUGUAGUAGAGGAUUUGCUGAAGGCUGGCGCAGAUGUGAACGUGCUGAAUGACAUGGGGGACACUCCGCUCCAUCGUGCAGCUUUCACAGGGCGGAAGGAGGUGGUGAUGUUACUCUUGCAACGUAACGCUGAUACUUCUAUUGUUAAUGGGAGUGGGCAGACUGCAAAAGAAGUUACUCACGAUAAAGAGAUAAGGAAUAUGUUGGAAGCAGUGGAAAGGACACAAGAAAGAAAACUGGAAGAAGAGCUCUUGGGAGCAGCAAGAGAGGGAGAAACUGGGAAACUGACUGCCUUGUUAAACAGGCCAAAACCUCCUGAUAUCAACUGUACAGAUCAGAUGGGAAAUACACCAUUGCAUUGUGCAGCGUACCGUGCCCACAAGCACUGUGCCUUAAAACUUCUGAAAAAUGGAGCAGAUCCCAAAUUAAGAAACAAAAAUGAUCAGACGCCCCUUGAUCUAGCCCAAGGUGCAGAAAUGAAACACAUUCUGGGAGGUAAAACUGGAAAGGUUAUCAACAAACCCCUGAGACGAUAUGAAGGUCUCCUAUGGAAGAGCUCCCGAUUUUUUGGUUGGAAACUGUACUGGGUAGUACUAGAACAUGGAGUCCUUUCCUGGUAUCGGAGACAAUCUGAUGCAGUAAAUAAUGAUCAUCGUCAGGGAUGCAAGCAUCUAACGCAAGCUGUCUGCACGGUAAAAUCUACAGACAGUUGCUUCUUUUCUGUCAGAUGUUUUGAUGACACUGUUCAUCGUUUCAAGAUCCCUAAAAAUAACGCUCCUCCUCAAACGAGAGAGGGUUGGCUGGAAGCGAUAGAAGACCACUCUGCAUAUAGCACUCACUACUGCACACAGGAACAGCUCAGUAGUGAUGAUGAGGAAGAUGAUGCAGUAUCGGUUACAGACCUUCAGGAAACUCUGAAAAAAGCACAAGCAUGUCAACAAAGACUCAACAAAGAGAUUUCAGACUUCCUUGCAAUGGUUAAAUCUUUGGAUGCUACAAAAGGAAUGUCUUCUCCCCUCCUGCAAAAAGUUGAUGUGGUCUCUGAAGUAUCCCAGGAAACUUGUGAGGCCCUGGCUGACUGCCUCAACCUAUUCACAAAGCAGGAAGGGGUGAGGAAUUUGAAACUGGAGCACGAGCAAGAGAAAAACAAGAUCUUGUCAGAAGCAUUAGAGACGCUAGCCACUGAACACCAUGAACUAGAGCAGUCUCUAGUGAAGGGAUCUCCGCCUCUAAGCAUCAUCAGUGAAGAGCAGUUCUAUGAUGCUGUUUCAGAUUCUGAAUCUGAAAAAUCAUUAAGUGGGUUUGAGACAACAACAGCAUACUCAUUAGAGGACAGCAUGGAUUCAAAAGACACGAUAACUUCAAGCAUGUCUGAAGAAAAAGUUUGUGGCAGUGGGGAGUCGCUGUCUAAUGGCAUCAAAAAGCACAGAACAAGCUUGCCAUCCCCAAUGUUUUCCAGAAAUGACUUCAGUAUUUGGAGUAUCUUAAGAAAAUGUAUUGGAAUGGAGCUGUCCAAGAUCACAAUGCCGGUCAUAUUCAAUGAGCCACUGAGCUUUCUGCAGCGACUUACAGAAUAUAUGGAGCAUACGUACCUCAUCCACAAAGCCAGCUCGCUUUCUAGUACGACUGAGCGAAUGCAGUGUGUCGCUGCGUUUGCUGUGUCUGCUGUAGCCUCACAGUGGGAACGUACAGGGAAGCCAUUCAACCCACUGCUUGGAGAGACGUAUGAAUUAAUCAGAGAUGAUCUUGGAUUUAGACUUCUCUCGGAACAAGUUAGCCAUCAUCCUCCAAUCAGUGCUUUCUAUGCUGAAGGUUUAAAUAAUGAUUUUGUGUUUCAUGGAUCAAUCUAUCCUAAACUCAAAUUCUGGGGCAAGAGUGUGGAAGCAGAACCAAAAGGCACGAUGACUUUGGAGCUUCUGGAACACAAUGAAGCCUACACAUGGACAAAUCCUACUUGCUGUGUGCAUAACAUUAUUGUAGGCAAACUUUGGAUUGAGCAGUAUGGAAAUGUGGAAAUAACUAACCACAAAACUGGUGAGAAAUGUGUUUUAAGCUUCAAGCCCUGUGGCCUCUUUGGGAAGGAGUUGCACAAAGUUGAAGGCUACAUUCAAGACAAAAGCAAGAAGAAACUCUGUGCGCUGUAUGGGAAGUGGACUGAGUGCUUAUACAGUGUUGACACAGCUACAUUCGAGGCUUACAAAAAAAAUGACAAGAAAAACGCGGAAGAGAAGAAAAGCAGUAAACAGGUGGGCAAUACUGAGGAACCAGAUGAGAUGCCGUUGCCAGAUUCUGAGAGCGUGUAUGUUAUUCCUGGAAGUAUUUUGCUCUGGAGGAUAACGCCAAGACCUCCAAAUUCAGCUCAGAUGUACAAUUUUACUAGCUUUGCUAUGGCUUUGAAUGAGUUAGACAAAGAAAUGGAGAGUAUCAUUCCCAAAACUGACUGCCGGCUACGACCAGAUAUCAGAGCCAUGGAGAAUGGUGAAAUAGAUCUAGCUAGUGAAGAAAAGAAGAGGCUAGAAGAAAAACAGAGAACUGCUCGCAAAAAUCGUUCCAAGUCAGAGGAAGACUGGAAGACGAGAUGGUUCCAUCAAGGCCCCAAUCCCUACACUGGUACACAGGACUGGCUUUAUUCUGGCAACUACUGGGACAGAAACUACUUUAACUUGCCUGAUAUUUAUUAAAAUGCAAUAAGGAGCCUGUGGCUGAUAAACAUAAGUCUUAAUCUGU